CUCGCUCCGAAAGGUAGCUCGGGGAGCCAGUAGAAACGGUUAAGUGUUCAGGUGUUCUUUGUUGUCUGCAGUGGUGUGUUUUGCGCACUGCGUAUCAUGUGAAGAAAUAAGCAACAUCUAUUAGGAUACCAGAGAAGGACGGAUGUGCUGCACGAGUGGAUAAUGAGACCUGACCAGUGCCGAAGUGUCCAGGUGGUCGGCUGUAACAGUGGUGGCGAACCCCAGCCUGAAGGUCCUCCCAACCGCAUCCGCGUGGUGCAGCUGAAGCGCAGGGGCAAUGCACCGCUCGGAUUCUCCAUUCGCGGAGGAAGGGAGCACGGCACUGGCGUCUUCGUGUCGCAUGUGGCCCCGAACUCCGAAGCGCAUCACCGGGGUCUCAAGGUGGGCGACCAGAUCGUUCGAAUCAAUGGUUAUCCUGUUGACUAUUUCGUCCACGAAGAGGUGUUGGCUCUGCUCAAGGCUAGGUCCAGCAUCGUGCUCAAGGUCAAAAGUGUCGGGAUGAUCCCCAUCAAGGACAACAAACGAGAUCCGAUAACGUGGCAGUUCGUGGAAGCCGAGCAGUGCAGCAGUGGUUCGGAUGGAACUGCUCAUUCUGUGAGCAGCGCUUCUAGUCUGGAUGAACCUGUCGAGACCAAGGUGUUCAUUUCCGGAGUGGGAAGCUCCAGUCUGGGUUGUAGUGUGGUGAAAGGACCGCCGGAACUUCCUGGAAUCUUCGUGCAGACGGUGAAGCCUCAUGGUCUCGCUGAAAUGGCUGGACUAGAGAUUGCCGACCAGGUCACGGAGGUAAAUGGAAGAACGCUAGACAACCUAGAGUUCGCAGAGGCGAUAGCUAUGCUCAAGUCUUUCAAGGAGAUGGCGCUCACGGUAAAGAAGGGUGCUGGAAUGGAACUUUUUCCGGAAGAGCAACGUCGUCGGAGGCUCUCUAGAGGUUUUGGCGAAUGCCGCCUACAUCCACAACCCAAUGGGAACGACCGAGGACGCCUCCAGGACGAGUUGAUCACCAGUGGUGGUGGUUCUGCUGGGUCGUGGUCCCACGGAACAAUUACCAAUGGCUCAUCGGGGACGCAUAGCAUGGAGGGGUCGUUAUCCAGCUCCCAGUCGACCAGCCCUGUAGCCAACGGACGCGCAUCACACUGCCUGGAGCUGAGCAACAAAUAUCGGGUAACGGAAAACGGGGCCUCUCACCAUCACCGCGGCGGUGGUCACUCGAACAGCGAAACUGAGGAACGUCAAAGGCUGGAAGAAGAGAAACGUCGUCUGCAAGAGAAAGAAGAACAACUGAGGUUAGAGGCCGAGAAAUUGGCAGCCGAACGACGAAGGCUACAGCUGGAGGCGUCCGUCGUUCAGCCCAUCCUUCAGCCGGUGCCCCCACCACCUCCAUGCAACGUGUUUGCAGAGUUGCACAGCGUGGCCGAAAAGAAGAGAAUUUCAAGAGAGAAUAGUGCGCAGCAAAAUGGAGACAGAAACAGCAGCCGCCACGGGCCUAAAGAAGAUUCGGCAUCAUCGCGAGACGUCCUUAUCAAGCAGAAACAGCAUGAACAAUUGAUGGUAGAGUUCCGUGAAGUUCAUCAGAAAAUGUUUGGAGGCAACGGAACAACCAACUCGGAGCCAGUGAGUCGCACUGUAUCUGGUCAAAGUCAUCCUGCUGCCAAGUCUGCCGCCGCCAGUUUGGGAGCUCCUGAAGGGCGAAGGCCACAGAGACAGGGCUAUUCUGCCGACCAGCUCCCAUCGCCACCAUCGUCUGCUCAAUUUCAACAAAUGGCCGCCAAGGAGUCCAUGGCGACAAUGCUAGAACAGGAGACUGCUAAAUUAGCCGAGGCUGCGAGUCGCACUGACUCUGUAAUGGAACCUGGGACACCGAAGAAGCAAUGGCCGGUCUACGUGCCUCCUGCCCGUCCUAAUCCGCACAUGUUUAUUCAGCCUACCAACUCACAAAACUCGCCCAAGGUUGCACCGCAGCCACCCACCACACAGGAAAAGACUGCAAAAGUAGGAAAGCCUUGCAAGGGUCCAGCACCUCCACCACCUGUUGGCCCUAAAGACGUCUCCCCCAUUACUGAUAGUCGAGGCCCUGAAUUAAAGCCACCGCACACUUUCUUCAGUGAGAAGCCCCUGGUGACCAUUGGCACAUACCCGGACCCCAGCAACCCUAGGCCUAACCGAUUCGUUCCACGACCUCCGAAAGUGGAAAUUGUUGAGUCUGACAGCAAGUGUUCGACACUAGAAAAAUCCACAACAUCCCUGAAACUCGCAUCUGAGAAGCCUUCCCUGACAGCAGGACCAAAGAUGACAGUAAGCAUCAAUACCAAACCUCCAAACCACCCAAGUCUCAGUACCAGGUUCAACACCACACCAGGAGCAAAUCAAGUUCCUGUCAACAGCAUCAACAAUAUCAACAAUAACAACAAUAAUGAUACUGACACAGGUGCUGUGGUCAAGACAUUUACUUUCAAAAAGGAUGGAAUCUUGAAUCUCAACAUUGAAGGUGGACUUAACUCUUCACACGAAGGCCGCAUUGUAGUCUCCGAGAUUCGAGAAGGUGGUCUUGUGCCAGUGGAUGGAGAGAUUCAAAAGGGAGAUCAGCUGCUGAUGGUGAACAACAUGAGACUUGUGAAUGUCUCCCUUACUGCUGCAAGAGUUGCACUUCAGAAUGCCAUGGGAAAUGAUGGAAAGGAGCUGCGACUUACAAUUGCAAAGCUGCCGCGCUAGGGCACCAGUGUGUUCUGCAUUUUCUGUAAAAUAUCUUCAAUAAACAUUUCAUAAGACA